UAGGUUGUAGAUUUAAAUCGUGGGUUGGUUCUUAACCCAGAAGGACGAUAUCUCCAGGAUUCUCAAGGAAAGCCUCUUCGUAUAAAAAUGGGAGGAGAUGGUCGGACCAUUGUGGAUAUGAAUGGUACCCCCAUUGUUAGCCCAGAUGGUUUACCUCUGUUUGGACAUGGAAGGUUCAGCAAACCCGUAGCAAGUGCUCAAGAGAAGCCUGUGCUGACUUUAGGAGGGCGCCCUCUCAGGGGACUCGAAGUGGCAAGAACAACCAGAAUUCCUACAACAAGGAUAAUCACUACUCCAAUUCCAACUACUACUACCACAACCACCCUUCCUCCAACAACCACUACACCUGAACCAACAACUGUUGAGCCAACAACAGAAGAACUAGUAAUACCUACAUGUGCACCAGGCUCUUAUGCACAGUAUGAUGAA